CUUUAUAAUCUACUUCCUUGUUUGAAACUAAUCCAAUUAAACGUAUAGUUGUUAAAAUUUUAAAUGUCGACAAUUUCUUUCAAUAGACCUUGCUCAAAAUGAAAGUUUUUUUCUCUGGAUAUUACAUGGUUUUUAGGCUUCACUGGUUUUACUUUGGAAUCACUUUAGGAAUGUGUGAGUAUGGAUACUUCGGAAAAUGUUAUAAUCAAUGUCUUACUAACUGUAAAAGUUGUUAUUCAGAUUCUUGUGUAUGUCUGUUGUGCAAGUCUGGAUAUCUUGGACAAUAUUGUACAGAAGCGUGCAGAAAAGGCAUGUGGGGGGAGCAGUGCAAAAACUAUUGCAGUCCAAACUGCGAUUCCAACAAAAGGUGUAACGUAACAACAGGAGAUUGCCUGGGAGAUUGCAGAGCUGGGUUCUAUGGACCUAAAUGUGAAACAAAAUGUAAAAUAGGAACAUGGGGAAAGAAUUGUUUAAGUAACUGCAGUCCAAACUGCGACUCAAACCAAAGUUGUGACAUACUAACAGGAGAUUGCCUGGGAGCUUGUAAAGCUGGAUACCUUGGGCCUCAAUGUCAAACACUUUGUCCUCCUGGACUGUAUGGACUCGACUGUCAAGACAAUUGUUCUGAAAACUGUUUACAUCCAUGUGAUAGUACAGAUGGUCACUGCUCACCUUGUAGACCUGGAUAUGAAGGAGAAAGUUGUCAGAAAGUACCUUUACGAAGAAAAGAAGAGACAUCUAACAGUUUUAAUUUUGUCCAUUUUGGAAUUGGUGUAGCAUCCUUGGCUGUAGCAGUGGCUAUUGUGUUUGGAAUACUCGUGUUACGCCGCAGUCUAUUAGGAAGACGUCGAACGAGAGUUUGCAACAUUUAUAAUCAGCCAGAUGUGAUCAGUUCGGACAUGAAUCAAUACGUGAAUAAUCAGAAUCAAUCAGAACUGGAAGAACAUCCUUACCAAAAUUGAGAAAGAAUAUUACAGAAUUGUCUUUAGAUAUAGAAGAAAAUAAAUGUUUACAUACUUGUUUUAAUAA